UAUUUGAAUUAUUCAUCUGAAUUCGUGUUGAAAUGUGGAGGUACAAUGUUUACUUUCUAAACACAGCACUAUAUCAGAGCUCUGUCAGCGAAAAAUUACAGGAGAAAAAGAAUAGGCAUGCAUUUGAUCACGUGUUAUAUGUAUUUGCAGCUUUUGAAUCUUUCUGUUUAUGAUAUAAUAACUUAAUCGUAGAUAUAAAGGUUUACACUGCUGUGCAUGUAGGUUUUUGCACUACAUAAUUUCCCAUUUGUAAAAGUGAAUGUUUGUUUAUCAUUGCCCGAUCAAAAUCUGAAAAUAACUGCUAUAAAUUGCAUUUGAACUACAUGUAUCCUGAAUGCCUAAAUAAUAAUAAUAAUAAUAAUAAUAGCAAGUGUAUCAAUAAUGUCUGCAUUCUGCACAAAGCGCCUGUUCCAGAACUUCAGCUGCAUUGUUCACAGGGUAUCAGUUCGAAUCCCGUCCCGUAGAGUGUUUCUUCUUAAAGGUACUCGUCUUUUAUCUCAAACCCCCAAAGUGGGACUGUUCUGCUGGACUGCAUGUGGCGUCACUUACGCCUCCGCUCAGGAGUCGGUCCAUCAGAACCGAGCCACAGAGAGGAAGUCAAUCGCCCGAGUGCAAAUCCACAGGUUAGUAUUCGUCUUGCGUCUCGGACUCCGUGCCUUGGUGCUUUAUCUGAAGUUCAGCCCCCUUCUGCUUCUGUAUCCCCUGACUUUACUAUCACACCGCUGGGCGUCCCGCUGGUUGGACGCACUACUGUGGGUCACUGAGACAUCUGGACCUACUUUUAUCAAACUGGGCCAGUGGGCCAGCACCAGACGGGACCUCUUCUCGCAGGACUUCUGCGACCGCUUCUCAAGGCUGCAUGUGCGAGUAAAGCCCCAUCCCUGGAUUCACACCAAGCUGUGUCUGAGGAGGGCGUUUGGGGAAGGAUGGAGGCAGAUGUUUGUGUUUGACAGUAAGGAGCCUGUGGGGUCGGGAUGCGUGGCACAGGUGUAUCGGGCCAAAGCCAAGGUGGCGAGUGUUGAAGAUCCGGCGUUCCAGCAACUGGUGGAGGAGUUGGGGAAGAAGAAUCUCCUGGAAGCCUGGGAGAUCCCUGGUCUGGGAGGAGCUUUGAGUGACCUCUGGGAGAUGAAUAAAGAGGAGGAAGAGACGGUGGAUGUAAAGAACAGGGGUUUCGGAGAGAGUCCUGGUCCAGGCGAACACCCUGAGGAAGAGCGUCUGAUACCCGUGGCCAUCAAGGUUCUUCAUCCAGGAAUCAGACGGCAGGUGCAGAUCGAUCUGAUCCUAAUGAAAGCUGGAAGUUUAUUCCUCAACUGUUUGCCCGGCAUCAAGUGGCUCAGCCUGCCUGAGAUUGUAGAUGAAUUUGAGAAGCUCAUGACCAAACAGAUCGAUCUUCGGUUCGAGGCCCAAAACAUGGAAAAGUUCCAAAAAAACUUCAAAGAUCUGGAAUACGUGAAGUUCCCGACACCCCUCAGACCGUUCGUCACAAGGACGGUGUUGGUAGAAACGUUCGAGGAGAGUGAACCCAUCUCAAAGUACAUGGGCUCUGACGUCCGAGCAGGAAUCAAGCAGAGAAUCGCCAGGAUGGGUGUCGACCUUCUCUUGAAAAUGGUGUUUGUGGAUAAUUUCGUCCACGGGGACCUCCAUCCCGGGAACAUCCUGGUGCAGGGUGUGCGAGGAGAGGGACCCCAGGACAGGGCCACGCUGACGGACCUGUGGGACACGGUGGUGGUGAGCAUGAGACCGGCUCCUCCGGCCCUGCAGCUGGUGCUCCUGGACGCGGGCAUCGUGACGCAGCUCAGCCAAGCGGAUCAGCGCAACUUCAGAGACGUGUUCACCGCUGUCGUUCUCAAGCAGGGCGAGCGAGUUGCAGAGUUAAUCCUUCAUCACGCCCGCGCCAACGAGUGCCAGGAUGUGACGCGUUUCAAGAAGGAAAUGGCUGAACUAGUGGAUCAUGCGCUCAGUGACACACUCUCCCUGGGAAAGAUUCAGGUGUCCGAGCUGCUGUCGCGAGUCUUUGGUUUACUGAUCCGUCACAAGGUGAAGUUGGAGAGUAAUUUUGCAUCGAUGGUGUUUGCCAUCAUGGUCCUGGAGGGUUUGGGCAGAUCGCUGGACCCCAACCUGGACAUCCUGGAGAUCGCCAAACCCCUCCUGCUGAAAAACUGCACCUCGCUCCUCUGAUACUCGUCCAUCACACUGCCAACAUUU